AAAUUAAAAUCAAAUUCGGAAAAAACUCAACUGGUCCUUUCCAACCCUUCCCUCCCCCCCCCUUCCCCUCAGUUUCGUCUUUUCCCUCCUCCGCUCUGGUUCCAUGAUGCUUCUGGAAUCUUUGUAAAAAGAUUUUUCUUGCAAAACCGAUCAUUCCACAUUCCCUAACUGCUUCCUAAGCAAUUUGGAAGCUUUCGAAGCAAGUAAAUGGAGGGUCAAAGCAGUCAUUUCACCUUCCUCCGGCAUCUACACUUCUUCCUUCCACCUCCAUAUAUAACUGACCUCGCGCUCCUGCGUCCCUUCCAAAAAUCUCCUAUAAUAAUUGCUUGAUCAAAUCAUCGACUGUCUUGGGUUUGCUUCAUUUGAUGCUUUGAUUUGAAUUUAUUUCUUGUGUGAGUUUGGGUGAAAUGGAGAGUUCCGGUUGGGGAGGAAGUAGCAGCAGAGGACGAGGCGGCGGCCGUGGCGGUGGCAGUGGUAGUGGCGGUAGAGGGAGGAGUAGAGGUGGUGGAUCGGGUUCGUCCUCCUACCAAGGGGCUCCACAGGGACAAUAUUCGGAUCAACCGUAUCAAGGUGGCGGUCGUGGCGGCGAUGGUCGGGGUCGCGGUCGCGGUCGCGGUCGCAGUGGCCGUCGCGGUGCUGGAUAUGGUGAUAGAGGUUCUGCCUCGAGUCAGCAAACUCCUCUGCCUAUCUAUGUAGAAGGUCAGUAUCAAGUAAGUUCUAGCUCUGGGCAGCAAUAUCCUCAAGAAUGGAGUAACCAGGAAGGUUCUGGCCGAGGAUGGCUCCCAAGGCCCGCGGUUGAUGUGGUUUCCAGUAAGGGUUUGGGACCAACAAAGCCUGAUUCUGGCGAGAGUUCGACCAAGGCUGGUUCUGGUAAAGAUCGGAGGGGUACUGGAUCUUCUGUUCGGGGCAGGGGACAGGCUUAUGUUCCUGUUAGGUCUGAAAGAUCUUCUGAAGUUGUUCCUGAUCAUAUUAUUUCAGAUAUGCAGUCACUGAAUACAGCAGACCAGCUGCCUCCAUCAUUACAACCUGAAGGUACAGACAAAAUUUUGCCCAUGAAACGGCCUGAUUGUGGCAGAAAUUCCAUCAAAUCUUGCCGAAUUCUUGUUAAUCACUAUCCAGUCAGAUUCAAUCCUGAGGGCUUCAUAAUGCACUAUGAUGUUGAUAUCAAACCGCAUGGAGCAACCAAGAAUGGUCCACAUGGGAAAAUUACAAAAUCUGAUCUGCGUAUGAUCAGGAACAAGUUACUCUCUGAUGGUCCACAGCAUCCUAUGUGGAUGACUGCAUAUGAUGGUGAGAAAAACAUUUUUAGUGCAGAAUCACUGCCUACUGGAAACUUCACAGUGGAAAUCUCUGAGGGAGAAGACAGCAACAAACGGUCUUUCAUGUUCACUAUAAAACUUGUAAAUGAACUUAAGUUCUGCAAGUUGAAAGAGUACUUAAGUGGGAACCUCCUACUUAUGCCUCGUGAUACCUUACAAGGAAUGGAUUUGGUAAUGAAAGAGAAUCCAGCUAGGCGGUUAAUCUCAGUUGGCCGGAGCUUUUUCCAUGCAGAAUUCAACCCAAGAGAUGAUCUUGGAUAUGGCAUUGCAGCAUCUAGGGGGUUUCAACAUAGUCUGAAGCCCACCUUCCAGGGUCUAGCGCUGUGCCUUGACUAUUCGGUUUUGGCAUUUCGGAAGCGGGUUCCAGUUAUUGAUUUCCUUAAGGAGCAUAUCCGUGGGUUUAACUUAAAUGAUUUUGGAAGGUUCAAGAGAGAAGCUGAGGAUGCUUUGAUAGGGCUGAAAGUUACGGUGACUCACCGUCGUACUAAGCAGAAAUAUACCAUUGCAUGCUUGACUAAUGUGGACACUCGCCAUCUUUCCUUCAAGCUUGAUGAUCCAGAGGGCAAGGCUUCACCAAGGGAGAUAUGCUUGGUGGAUUAUUUCAGGGACAAGUAUGACAAAGAAAUUAGAUUCAAGGACAUUCCUUGCUUAGAUGUGGGGAAAAACAACAGAAAGAACUAUGUCCCAAUGGAAUUUUGUGUCCUGGCUGAGGGACAGAGAUAUCCAAAAGAGCAGCUGGAGAGGAAGGACAAGAAGGCAGCUGUGCUGCUGAAGAACAUAUCUUUGGCUAGGGCAAAUGAUAGGAAGAGUAUGAUAUGUCAAAUGGUGCAGUCAGAGUAUGGACCCUGUGGUGGAGGCAUUGUUCAGAAAUUUGGAAUGGAAGUAGAUACAAAUAUGACAACUGUUGAAGGCCGUGUCAUUGGGCCACCAGAGUUGCGGUUAGGUGCUUCCAAUGGCAGGGUGAAUAAGAUUAAGUUGGACCAGGAGAAAUGCCAGUGGAACCUUGUUGGAAAAUCUGUUGUUGAAGGCAAAUCAGUUGAACGGUGGGCUGUGCUUGACUUUACUGCAAAUGAGCGAUUCAAUGUAUUGGAUGCAAACCAUUUCAUUCCGGCACUUAUUAAUCGGUGCCAGAAUUUGGGGAUUGACAUGGGGGAACCUCUGUCAUAUGAGUGCACUAAAAUGAGCAUGUUCUCCAAUGUCAAUGCGCUUCAUGAAGUCCUUGACUCAAUUAAUGAGGAUGCUAAACGUUCUGCUGGGGGUCAGUUGCAAAUUCUUUUGUGUGUGAUGACAAAAAGGGAUCCUGGCUAUAAGCAUCUCAAAUGGAUAUCUGAAACCCAAAUUGGUAUUGUGACUCAAUGUUGCUUGUCAACAAGCAGACUCAAUGACCAGUAUUUUGCAAAUCUUGCUCUCAAGAUUAAUGCCAAACUUGGUGGCAGCAAUGUGGAGCUAAUCAGUCGGUUUCCCCGUUUUGAGGGGAGAAGCCCUGUUAUGUUUGUGGGUGCUGAUGUCAAUCAUCCUGCUGCUUCAAACAAGACUUGCCCUUCCAUUGCUGCAGUGGUUGCCACCAUGAAUUGGCCUGCUGCAAAUUGCUAUGCAGCAAGAGUCUGCCCUCAAGCCCAUAGAAAAGAGAAGAUAGUGAACUUUGGCAACAUGUGCGCAGAGCUUGUUGAUACUUACGCCAAACAUAAUAAAGUUAAGCCAGAAAAGAUUGUGGUCUUCCGUGAUGGGGUAAGUGAAGGUCAAUUUGAUAUGGUUCUUAAUGAAGAGUUGGCUGAUCUCAAGAAGGCUAUUCAAACAAAGGACUACUGCCCAACAAUCACCCUCAUUGUGGCACGGAAGCGACACCUAACCCGUUUGUUCCCCGAGUCCCCAAGAGAUGGGGGAGCAGCUGGCAAUGUGCCUCCAGGCACUGUGGUGGACACCAAAAUCGUCCAUCCCUUUGAGUUUGACUUCUAUCUUUGCAGUCACUAUGGGAGCCUGGGCACAAGCAAGCCCACACACUAUCAUGUCUUGUGGGAUGAGCAUGGCUUUACUUCUGAUCAGUUGCAGCAGCUGAUAUACAAUCUGUGCUUCACGUUUGCUCGGUGCACGAAGCCUGUGUCGCUGGUGCCUCCAGUGUAUUAUGCCGAUCUUGUUGCAUAUAGAGGCAGGAUGUACCAAGAGGCUCUAAUGGAGGGUGGGCUGCCAAGGGGUUCACGGGCACCUUCCCAGUCUCCAGCACCAUCAUCGGCAGCACUGUCAGCUGGACCUUCAUUCAGUGAAAGGACCUACAGGUUGCACAGCAACAUUGAGGAUGCCAUGUUCUUCGUUUGACAGGCUGUAGCGGCAGCCACUCUCUCCUGGAAUUUUCUACCUCACACAUGGCUGAAGGAUGUUUGUACCUUUUUUGGUUUUAGAGAAAGGCCCAGUACAGGCUCUGACCCUUUUCUAGUCAAACAAACUAGUUAAGGAGUUUGUGCGUGAAUCUAAUUGGGUUUUGGAUUUUGGAUUUUGGACUUUGGAGUUUGGUGUGGUGUGUAUUGGAUAUUUUAUGUAGAUUUUGUUUUUGUUUUUAUAUUUUUGUGUGUUUUUUGUUUUUCUUAAGUGGUGAUCGAACUAUGCUUCAGAGGCAAUAUUUCUGAUUCUGGCUGGAUUUUCAUUUUUCA